AGUGUUACGGUUGAGCCUAAAGUUGAGGCACGCAUACGUCAUCGAGUUCUCGCAUUGUUCAGUUCAAAACCACGCGAUAUAUUUAUCCACACCGCAACGUUUACAUUAUUGCGCUUGCCGCGAACCUAAUCAAACGCCAUGAGCCAACAGCAACAACAAUUGCCACUGCAACAGUUUUAAGCCACAGCAAUAACAACUGAUUUAUAUACGCUAUAUAUUUAGCUAAAGCUAAGCCAAAAUGCUAACGAAAAUGUGGAAAUAUCUGCAUUUUGACAUUUGUAAUCGUGCCCGCAGUUUGGGCAGCAGCAACCAGCACUAGCAGCAGCAACGCGGCAGCAGCAGCAAUUACAACGGCAGCUACAACAACAACAACUUUGAACAUAACAAAUGACUUGCAAAGCAGCAGCAACAGCCACGCCCAUAGCACAGUGGCUACCGCCCAAGCCACAAGCGAAAUGAAACGCAGCGAAAUGACAACCAAAACUUUAACGGAAAUGCAGCAAACAACACCAGCAACAACCACAGCAGCAGCAGCAGUGACGUCAGCAACUGAGCAAGCAAUUGUGGAUAACAGCAGCAGCAGCAGCAGCAGCACUACCACAUCGACGGCCACGCCUACCACAACAGCCACAACCAGCACGACUACAACUACAACAAAAAGAAUAACAACAAGCGCUGCUGCCGGAAAUGAAGCUGACAAGCAAAUCAGCAAUCGUGUGGCAGCAACUGCAAUGCCAGCAACAACAACAACAACCACCACCACCAGCACCACAACGGAAGCAGCUCUGGCAGACGAAUUAAUGACAAGCAAUGUGCCGCCGUUGGCUUCACUGGGCAGCGUCUUUGAUCGACUCUAUCGCAUAAGCGUGAACGAGCAAGUGCAGCAACAGCCGCUCGAGCUGGAGGAAGAGGAGUCCACUGUGCCUGCUCCGCUGCAAAUACAAAUGCAGGCAGCUGCCUCCUAUCAAGUGGCUGAGACACUGGCCGAUCUCAAUGAAGAGGAGCGCGCACGCUACGGUCCAAUGCUGUCGCAACAGCCGACGGCGAGCAAGCUGAACAUUGUCGAUCUCUAUCCAAUGAAGCCCGCUGACUUUCAGCCCAUCAUCAAGGUGGACAAUGAGGAGUUGCUGCGGCAACGCACGAUCUUUACGCAGCCAGAAAAUGCUGCUGAGUACAAGCAAAAUCUGAUGCCCAAACGAAGUGGAGUUGCAGCUGCGACCGCUGGCAGCAGCAACAAGCGCAAUAAUUUUAGCAUGUUGCUUAGCAAGUUGCUGGCCGAACAGGAUGAUUUGAUAACCGAAAUCGAACGCAAGUUUAGAUUGCCAGAGAGCACAACGACAACAGCCAAGCCCACAACAGCAGCAGCAGCAGCAGCAGCAACACGUUUGGCUGCUGGCAACACUUUUCUCGAUCGUCGUGUAAAAAAGAGCUUCGAGUUUCCGUUGCAACAUCGCGCCAGUGACGUCAUGGCCUUGCCGCAUAUUGACUUUGCCAACACCAAGUUCAACACGGACGCUGGCGAGGAGAGCAAGACGGCGCAGGCUCAAGCUGCCAGUCAUCCGGAGUUCUCCACCACCAAGUUCUACAACAGCAAGGAGCUCUACAACGAAAUGUUGCUGCACAGCAAGCGCAAGCUAAUGAAGCCCACAGCAGCAGCAACUGCCACAACAGCAACCACAACAACAGCAACUACAACAACAACAACAGCAGCAGCAGCAGCAGCAACAACAACAAAUGCAGCCACAACCGCAAGUGUAGUCGCCAGUGAAGCCACAACGUCUGCACGCGUGACUUUAACGCCAGCAGCAACAACUUUUGACAGCAACACAGCAGCAAUUACAACAACAACAGCAAGUGUCACAGAGUCGCCGCCCAGGAAGCAACAGCAACAGCUUAAGCGCGCUAAAUUAUUGCUCAAGGCUCUAAAGCCGCCAGCGGCAGCAGAGAAACUCGAAGUGGUGGCCACCAAAGUUAAAAUAACAAGCCGCUGCCGCUGCCGCCAGUCAGCUCCACUCCGAGUCCUACAAGCAAUUAAUCUGGCUAAAUCAAGCUUAAAGCCAAUUGCACGUCCACGCAUCUUAAGCCCACUGCAGGAGAAAAUCAAUUCACUCGACUGCGACAUUGUUGCAGUGCCCCAGGACGCGCACUUGUGGCGCGGCAAUGAGACACACGAACUGCUGCUGCCUCUUGUGACUACGAAGCAUUGUACGCCGGGUGAGCGAUGUACGCCCAAUGUGCUAACCUGGGAGGGCACGGCAGAAAUUCAAUCUGGCGAUAUUUUAAUUGUCGAAAUCAACGAUGCCAUGCUGAACAUUGCACAUGAACAAAACAACACCAACAGCCAAAGCGCCGCUCAUGCCGCUCAGGUGUACCAGGUAACACGUCCAGGCCAUGACCACUGCGAUGUCACAGAGGGCGUGUUGUUGGAUAUUACACCACUGGUGGUCGAUGGAAGGAAGCUGGUAACGCUGUACGAUAAGGACCUCACCGAGGGCAUUAACAUGCUAAUUGUCGUGUCCGAGCUGUGGGGUGCGCAAUGUGUGCGCCUAAAGGUAACCACAAAAACCGACAAUUGUGGCGAGGGCGCCGACUGCUCCGGCAAGGGUGUGUGCUACUCGGAUGCUGCCAUGGAGGAGUAUGAAUGCCAGUGCUGCAGCGGUUUUGCGGGUGCCUAUUGCGAGGAGAUCGAUGCCUGCAAUCCCAGUCCCUGCACAAACAACGGCAUCUGUGUGGACCUCUCGCAGGGCCACGAGGGCAACUCGUACCAGUGCCUCUGUCCAUAUGGUUAUGCGGGCAAAAAUUGCCAAUACGAGUCAGAUCCUUGUAAUCCAGCCGACUGCAUGAACGGUGGCAGCUGCGUGGGCAACUCUACACAUUUUCGCUGUGAUUGUACGCCCGGCUUCACAGGACCUCUCUGCCAGCACAGUCUGAACGAGUGUGAGUCAUCGCCAUGUCUGCACGGCAUUUGCGUGGAUCAGGAGGAUGGUUUUCGCUGCUUCUGCCAGCCAGGUUUCGCCGGCGAACUGUGCAACUUUGAGUAUAAUGAAUGCGAAUCGAAUCCGUGUCAGAACAGCGGCGAGUGCAUCGAUCAUAUUGGCAGCUACGAGUGUCGUUGCACGAAGGGCUACACGGGCAACCGUUGCCAAAUAAAGGUUGAUUUCUGCGUCCAACAAGCCGUUAGCUCCCGAAGGAACAUCACUUACUUUCAGCAGUGCAGCGUGAAUCCUUGCACCCAUGGCGGCACUUGCUGGUCCAGCGGCGAUAGCUUCUACUGUGCCUGUCGUCCCGGCUACACGGGCACAAUGUGCGAAGAUGAGUUUGUGGUGGAGACUGUUGUCAGCUCGAGUGAAUUUAUUGUCGACGAUGCGAACGCUAGAAAUUUUAAUGACAAAACUUUUGGUUCAUCGGUUGUGCUUAAGAGUCCCAUUGAAUUGCAUAAUGCAUAUUUUGCGGCUGGCGUACUGGCGGCCGCCAUUUUCAUCGUUGCCAUUGUGGUCACCAUCUGCCACUGCAAGGUCAAUCAGACGUAUCGCAAAUUCUCAACGCGUUCCAGUUCGUUUAUACCCAUCUUGGGUUUCAGUCGACGGCCCAAGAUGCAGGGCAAACUCAAUAAACAUUGGCUAAGUGGCAAAGGUCUCAAUGCGCCAGCUGCUGCUGCUGCUGCUGGCGCCGCUGGAGCCGGCGGCGCACAGCGUGACACCAACAACUGCAAUCCGCAGUCGCAGUCAACACGACACUUGCCCCCCAAUGCACACAGCAGCGGCAGCGGCGGCAGUGCACAGGGCACACUGGGGGGACAGCUGCAUGAGCGGCCGUUUCAACGACACUUGGCCAUGAAUCUGGAGAACGACAUGUACUAUACGGUGGACUUUAGUGAGAACUCACAGCACUCGCCGCUAAUACAGUGAGACGCAGCUGUGGGACUCGAGGCGGGCGUUGUGCUUAAACCAGAGGCUGCUGCUAUCGCCAAGGCAAAGGAUAUUGGUUGGUUAGUAAAGUUUACGCGUACACCAGAGUUGGUGAGCGACUCCACAUAGGGAGUGUGUAAUUAUUUUCUCAGCGCUAGUCGUGCAAUAUUACAAAUAUUGUUAGUGUUAGCAAAAAACAAAGAAAACAAAACAAAAGCAUCAACAAUAUGGAUAAU